AUGUUCAGAAAAAGUGUUUGGACAUUUCAAUCACAACAAUACCUUCAUUCUCAACUUCGUACUUCUAAAAGAUUAGAAAUGCUUGCAAGUAAAAGAACAUUAGCUGACUCUAUACCAAAAGAAGAAAAAAAUUUAACACAAACACUAUCUGUAGAUAGUAUUACUCAAUUUAAAAAUCUUAUUAAUUCAAAUGUAGAGAGUGAUAUUCUUCAAGGGUUAAAUGGGUUCAGAAAAUUACUUUUAAUUACACCACCUCCUUUAAUUGAAAUUUAUCAAAGUGGAGUAUUGUCUCGUUUAUCUCAAUUAAUUGCAGGAGAAAUAUCAAUUAAAAAUUUAGCUGUUGGAAUUACUGCAUCAAUGGCAGCAAUUGAUAACCCUCAAAUUAUUGAUGAAUUUAUUCAACUAGGGAUAGCUAAACAAUACGCUAACAUAUUAUGCUCACAAUUUAAAUUAAAAUUUUUGAAUAUAUUUGAGCAAGCAGCAAAUGGAAUUGGUAAUAUUAUGGGUUCAUCUCCAUAUUAUAGAGAUAUAUGUUUAUCUUAUGGAUUUUUUAAUUCAUUUUUAAGACUAUGUGAUCAAUUCUUAAUCUAA